GCUUUGCGAGGAAAUCAAUCUGCUUUUGAUUCUAUUGUGGGUACUCCAAUGCCAUCAUAUAAAAGAAUGCAGUUGCAUCCUUCUCGAUUUCCCUUGAAAUCAGAGUCACUCGAUAUCCCAUUCCACUACAGAAAGCAAACACCGAUCUAUCAAAACUUACGUUUUUCACAGGCCUUUUCAACAGACAAUUCCAAGUGUCAAUCAUCCAAAGUAAGUAAUCCUCAGCAUUUCCAUCAUUUUCAUGGUCAAUACCGCGCGACCUUUCCAUCCUGCCAUUCCAGCGAAGAACCUGCUCUACCAACCUCAAGACCACCAAUGCUAACUUGCGUCCCAACAGGAUUUUCUCAUACGCCAUUCUUGUUGAUCAAGAUCGUGUAUUUACCAUCGAGUAAGUCAGACCUUUGAACUGAUAUGAGGUUUACUUUCUUCCACAUUCUGCACCACUCCCAAUUUCCUCAACUUUCUUAUUCUCCGAUAUCGCACAAUCUUUCUGAUUCUCUCCUGCAUUUUCCCUAUAUGGUAUCUUGCUAGUCGUAUUUCUCCCCUUCGUCUUUCUUCAGUUUGAAGCACAUAUCUCUCCUACUUGUCCUUUUUCAUCCGAGUCCUAUAUUUCUCAUUCAACAUUCAUGUACAGCGUACCAAGGUUAAAGGUCUCAUCGCUAACUCUUAGAGUAGCUCUUUAAUUUCGACUUACCUGUUUUCUUUAAUACAUUUGACUUUUUGAAACCAAUACUUUGUACUUCCUCUGUUGUCCUUUAUCGAUCUUGAAGACUGCUUCAGUGUUUGUAUUUCGCCGACAACAAGCUUCUGCGGCUAUCCUUUGUCACUAGGACCAACCUAACAAGUUUUCUCGAUCUACGAUCGAUUUUGGGCGGUCUUCGUCUCUGCGUCCCUUCCUUGGCACCAGAAGCAAACUUACAAAUAUCUUCUGAUUUUUGACCCUACAUCAAAUCUGAAGCCCCUCGGUCGUUCCUAUCGGCCCUUGGAACUCAGCAUAGUCGACUCUCAAUACCAAGUUUCAGUGUCGUUUCUAUCGACACCGAAGAUAUAACAAGCAUCCUCUUUCUCCGUAUCUCACCAUCCAGAAACAUCAUGUGUUAUAUUCACGACAACAUCAGAUGGUUUGCCAACAUGCCACUCGCAACCAUUGCAGACUUUGAAAAGGCCGCGUGGCUUGAUCUUGCGCUUACAAGAAAGCUCGUCGGUAGAAAACCAAUGAUGCGUCUCAAUUGGCUCAACCUUGAAGUGAAGUCCGUUAGAUAUAAGCCAUUUGGCGAGAAUAUCGCGGUAGUUCAAGCUCCCAAGCCAGUCGCUACAACCUUUUCGUUCUUCACUGAACUUGCUACCGAAUUGCAAAACAAAAUUUGGAUUAUGGCAUCGCUGGAAUGUUCCCGCUUUAUCACAAUCAUCGAGGAAAAUGUCGAUGUUAGCACACACCCUAAUGAUGACCAGUAUACAGUUAUCGGAGCUAAGCGCCCAAGAGUUUUGUACACAUGUAAAGGUGCCUUAUCUGCCAUGGUUGGCAUUUAUAAACCAAUGUUCCACCUUAAUUCAUCCAGGUAUCAUGGCGCAAAGAAGGGAGUUAUGGUCAAUCCCGACAUCGAUACCAUCGAUUUCGUGUCUCUUCUCGACUUUCAAACUCCUCCGUUGGAUUUUGUUGGAGCUCUUUUGAAUCCUGGAGAGCUCUCCGGAGUUCGUCAUGUUUGCCUCCCCGUGCAAGAAUUUCACGACAACUUUCAAUCCGUUGCUCAAGUUAUUCGCAACCUACCUUCACUUGACACUGUGGCAGUUGAGACUGAGCAGGUCGAUCUAACACUUCCUGACACUCUCCAUAUCCAGUUUUUAUUCGCAGACAUCCGUUACGCUAGACCUGACCGAUCACCACGCACUGAGAUGACCAUAAUGGUCAUGUAUGGCGGUAACCUUUUCAUCGGUGCACAGGCCAUUGGCAUACUAUUCAAUGACGUUACCAACUUAACUCAUCAAGCUGGCAUCCUUGAGUCGUUGGCAAAGAUGAAUCUAAUGAUGAGGCAAGAACCGAACUUUCCUGAUAGGAUUCUUGCUUCUUUCAAUUACCGAAACUUCUGGUGA